CACUCUUGUUUUGAUAGUACACUCAAUAGAAAGACACAAAGAAAGAAAGAAAGGACAAACAGAAAUAACAAAACCUUCCAUUUCAAGAAAGCAUCAUCUUUGUGUGUCCGAAAAAUGGAAGAUCUCGACCAUGAGUACAAGAAUUACUGGGAAACCACAAUGUUCUUCCAGAAUCAAGAACUCGAAUUUGACAGUUGGCCGAUGGAGGAAGCGUUUUCGGGUUCCGGCGAGUCGAGUUCGCCAGACGGAGCGGCAACGUCGCCGGCUUCUUCGAAGAACGUUGUCUCCGAGAGAAACAGACGGCAAAAGCUUAAUCAGAGACUUUUUGCUCUCCGGUCAGUUGUUCCCAAUAUAAGCAAGUUGGACAAGGCAUCUGUCAUCAAAGAUUCUAUCGACUAUAUGCAAGAACUUAUUGAUCAAGAGAAGACUCUAGAAGCAGAGAUCAGAGAGCUAGAAUCACGGUCAACAUUGCUAGAAAAUCCGGUAAGAGAUUACGAUUGCAAUUUUGCGGAAACUCAUCUGCAAGAUUUCUCAGACAAUAAUGACAUGAGAUCAAAAAAGUUUAAGCAGAUGGAUUACAGUACUAGAGUACAACACUACCCCAUUGAAGUUCUCGAAAUGAAAGUGACAUGGAUGGGAGAGAAGACGGUAGUGGUAUGCAUAACAUGUAGCAAGAAAAGAGAGACAAUGGUGCAGCUUUGUAAAGUGUUGGAGUCUUUGAAUCUCAACAUUCUCACUACUAACUUCUCUUCCUUCACCUCUCGUCUCUCCACCACCCUCUUCCUCCAGGUCACUCUCUCCCUCUCUCCCUCUCUCAUAUCUUUAUUUGGCAAUGUGAUUACUAGUACAAACUACAAAAUUCUAAAUGCAUCUAGAGAAUACUGUACGUGUCUUGUUUUGGUUUGACGCUCAUUUUGCACUCAUGGAGCGAAAUUAUAAAAUGUUAAUGGAAAGAGAUGAUAAUAUAGUUUAGAAGAUUCUUGCUAAUAAAGAAUGUUAGAUCAAUUGUAAUCAGCUAUAAAAUUAGUUUUAUGCACUUGUCGGACUAUAAAACACACCAACCAAAUAUAUUUGUCCAUUUUUAAUUUGUCGCAACUAUUCAGACUUUUAUAUACCAAAUUCAAAUCUUACUAUUUUCUUUUCUUUUUGGUUAUUUUGGGAGAAAAAUGGUCGUCUGACGGCACGUAGACAAAUCCUUUAGUGGACAAGAAUUAAUAAUAUGAAUAAAAAGCAUAUGACUAAGUGCUUUAGUAAAGUGGAUUGUUCUUUUGUUUUGGUAAAGAAAAUAUGUUAUCUUUACGUAAUAGUACAAAAAUGUAAUUCAAACUUACGAAUUGUUUGGAAAAUCACUAUCAAAUUCAAAAGGAUAACCUUUAGACGGACCCAUUUAAUUACUACUUUUCUCCCACCUGUCUCCAUUAAGUGGACCUUAAUUCACAUUACACCUUAAGUAUAUAUAGUCAGUAAUAUCUUAAUCAAUCAAUUAAAGCUCCAAUUAUUGAGGUUGCCUCGAGCCCAUCACAUUUUUUUCGAAUUUCGCCUUGACUUUUUCUGAUAGGGUUAGAUUCUCUCAAAAGUUAAAUGUCAUAUUCCAUAAAAAAUUAGGAUUAACUUAAUCAAAAAAUUAGUGUGUGAAAUCUCAAGUGCCUCGUGUCCCAGAAAGUGCCGUCCAAGCAUAGUAGCACUAGAAAAACGUGGCUAAUUUAUAACCUCACGCGGUUCAACGUUUGUCUCUUUCACACUUUUAGCACGUGACUUUUCUAGCACUACACCUUAUAUCAAUUCUUAACUCAAAUUAACAAUAGGCUACAAAUCAACUGUAGCCAAUUAGCAAGUUAUUUGUGUUAACUAGUUGUAUAUGGUUCAUAAGGUCUUCAUUAUGCUAAUCAUUUUGGUAAAAAUUAGUUACUCCAAAUGAUAUCCAUAGCAGUUCAUGGUAGAAAUUAAGGUUUGGUCCUUUUUAAUAUAAGCAGAUUUGUUAAGAGUUAUUAUUUUGUGUUUUUACUCUAAAAAAUACAAAUUCAUUUCAUUAUCUCUAUCUAUUUGAUUUGUUUAUCAUCAUCAUAUACUAGGACUUUGGUGUAAACAAUCUAAUUACAAAAAUGCUAGUUUCGUGAACUAACGUUCUAUUUUUUUUGAAAAAGGUAAUUAUAUUAUAAGCUGUAGGUUGGAAAUUUUUGAUGACAACAAAUACGAGUAUUUCUUGCCUCACAAAUGAAUAUAAUAUUAUGUUGGUUUUCUUUGACAAAAAAGAAUUAUGCACCUUUAUAACAUUUUCUUGAUAAAAGAUAAUAUAAUCAGACGCUAAAAUUACAGUGAGGUAUAGACCAGUGGAGUCAUUGAGAGUUGGUGAAAUCAUACUCCAAUCAUUUAUCAAAUAAAAAGUCGAUCAUUUCAUUUCAAACCUGUCCUUAUCCGUCCUUUUAAAGAUUAUACAAAAACAUUAAACAAUGAUUUAUCCACCAAUCUCAUUUUCCACGGGAAAUAAUUAUAGUAGUAAUGCGUGCAGGUGUAUAUACACAAAUUUAUCAGUUCUAAUUUUCUUUUUACGUGCUGCCAAAAAAAAAGAAGUUUUUUUUGUCUGAUUCGUGUAAAACCUAAACACCCCUAAUUUUAAUAAUCUAUACUGACGUUGGACUUCCUAGAAUCCUAAUUUACUUCAAAAUUCUGUAAAGAUAUCGUAUGAUUGAAAUAAUAUAGGACUGUUUUAGUUUAUAUUGUGAUAGAUGUAUUAAUUAUAGUAAAUCGUUGAAUUUGCAGGCGGAUGAAGAAGAAAGCAG